AUGGUAGGCAUCGACAGGGCAAGGCCUUUCCAGCGAGCAGUGCCUCUGCUGCUGUUCGCGGUCUGCAUCGCAGGCCUCUCACAUCUGCAGGCGUUCAGCAUCCCAGAGCUCGUUCGGCAAUCUGCACAGAAAGCACAGAAGACACCGAGCGAGUUCUUGGAGAGCAUCGAAGAGCGUGCCCUGGAGUGGCGGCGCGGUUCGGAAGUCGCAGGCCGGAAGGAUUUCACGACUUUCCUGGAGAAGGUGAUGAACAAGCCAGGGCUCCACAUGGUGAUUGGAGGCAAGAGCCUCGGGAAAAGCAAAGUCCUCCAGUGUAUCUCCACUGCGAAGUUUCAACCACAAGAUCCAUUGCUCUUGGUGGACAUGCGGAGGCCUCCUCUGACGGGGUCCACGGAUGUCUUGGAGUGCCUGCAAGAGGUGGCCAAGAAGAGGUGGACCGAGGACACCAUGCCUGCCUGGCUUGAACCUGUUAUCGAAGGAACGAAGCAGUUUUUUCCGUCGCUGAGCAAGGCAGAAAUGAGGGAAAGCGACCAGGGCUUGAAGGUGGCUGCAGUAGCUGCCGCAGCAGUCGCGGCCACAGCGGGUGUCAAGAAACCCACCCGGUUCGUCGAGGAGUUCGUUGCAGCUGCCAGUGCUGAUCGCCUGACUCCCGUCAUCAUCAUUGACGAAGCCAGCAUAGCCUUUCCUGGUGGCAACGGGAAUGGUAAGAAGGCUGCAGCGGAAGCUGCCCUCGCCCUCUUC